CCCGCCCCGGCGGGCCCCUGCUCUCGUUGCAGCUCGUUGAAGUUCCCGGCGGACCUGGAGGAGCUGCGCGAGCUGGCCGCGCGCAUGCGCUACUACCAGCGGGAGCACCGCGGCUACGUGCUGCUGCUGUUCAGUGCCGCCUACCUCUACAAGCAGAGCUUCGCCAUCCCCGGCUCCAGCCUCCUGAACGUCCUUGGUGGGGCACUGUUUGGCCCAUGGAUGGGGCUUGUGUUGUGCUCUUUCCUGACAUCUGUGGGAGCCACCUGCUGUUACCUACUCUCCAGCGCCUUCGGGAAGCAGUUUGUGGUCCACUAUUUCCCUGACAAAGUGGCUGUGCUGCAAAGAAAGGUGGAGGAGAACAGGAGCUGCCUAUUUUUCUUCCUGCUGUUUCUGAGGCUGUUCCCCAUGACCCCCAACUGGUUCUUGAACCUCACAUCGCCAAUCCUCAACAUCCCCAUAUCUCAGUUCUUUUUGUCUGUUCUCAUUGGUCUCGUGCCCUAUAACUUCAUCUGCGUGCAGACUGGCUCCAUCCUCUCCCAGGUCACCUCUCUGGAUGCCAUCUUCUCAUGGGACACGCUGCUGAAGCUGCUGGCUAUUGCUGUGGUGGCGCUGAUCCCUGGUACCCUCAUUAAGAAGUACAGCCAGGGACACCUCAUGUUGGACAGCAAGGGACAGAGCAUCCACCUGCUCAAUGGCAGAAAGAGCUUGUGAUAGGCUGCAGCUGGCAGCUCUGGGAGCAUCUCAUGGCAUAUCUGCAGGGCAGGUGCAAUCCUUGGCCCCAGCUGUCGGCAUUUUAACCUGCUGUUGGCACAGCCUCUCCAGCUGGCAGCAUGGGUGGAGGACAACCAGCAGUUUUUAAAGAUCUCCUUUUAAAUCUCAAAGGAGACAAAAUGGUCUUGUUUUUAAAUGGUGCUUGUAUGUAGGUGAAUGUACAGGGAGUGGGGAACUGCCACGGGGAUUGAGAUGGCUGUGCUCUGCUGCUGAGUGCUGCACUGGCCCCCAAAAUGCUAACUAGCAUGCCUGAUUUGAGUGCUAGUGGUCACUGCUGGCUGCUUGGCAUUCGUGCGCAGGUACCUUCCUGUUGCUAGUGGCUCUGCUGUGCUGGCUGGGGAGCUCAACAUGUGCAGGGCAGUGGCAGGCACCCUAGUCAGCUCUCCCACCAGGGCUUUUCACAAAGCUGCCUGGUGUUGUGUGCCCUUUCCUUGGUCUCUUUCCAGCACUGAGCUGAUGGUGCUGGCUUAAGUGCUGAAGGGGCAGUAGCUCUGCUGGUGUAAUUGCCCCAGGCAGAGGUGAGGGUGGUAUUGAGGCUGGCAAGAAGGGCUUUGCUUUCCCUUGCAAAGUGUAGGCAGUUAGUCAAGGUCUUGACUGCUGCAGCACUGACCUCAGGAGGAGAACAGUGCCUUUCACAGCUUGCCCAGCUGUGUUCCUUUUCUGACUCAUGCUGCCCCUGGCCCUACCUCAGCCAGGCACUCUUAAGAUUGCUAAGGCCAAUGUGGCUCUGCAGCUCUCUAUUGGCUGCAUUUCCCACCUCAGUGAUGCAGGCAGUUUCAGCACUUCCCAGCCAACAGGGACACUGCCCACUCUGGGGUGGCUUCUGGUUCCACCAUCACCUAGGAUCUGCCUCUAGGGAUGGCCAACAACUGGUGUCUCCACACAAGGUGCAGAUGCUGUGCCAUCCCAGGAUGAUACUGCCUGCAUUAGAGAAGGGACAUGGAGCUCCAGGACAGCUGUGCUUUCCUCAUUGAUAGUGGGGGCUCUGUGUCCUGUUGCCAGGAUGCCUGACCCCCCUCAGUUAUAAUUCCUGAGAAGAGGCAGCCCCUGGUCACAUCACAGUCACAGGUAGCGCGUGUUGUGCCUGCUUGUUUGUAAACCCCCUUGCAUGCAGCAGGAGCAGUCUCUCCAGGGCAUUGGUGCCAGCCUUGCUUGUGCUAAGUCGUGUCACUGUGGAAAUGGUAACUCCGUGGCCACAUUGCGUUGUGCCAGGGCAAAGUAUCCACUUCCUUGCCUCCUUGUCUGUGUUCUGGGCCUUGAGCUUUCACAAGAUCUGGAGAGAGGAGUUUUCUGAAAUGGCUGCUACCCCCAAGAGAUGAGGCUCAUGGGAACGCAGUGCAUGCCUGACUCGACCCAGCAGGGAUUGCCCAUCCUCAAUGGUCUCGAACCAAGUGCCUUGCCAACCAGUCCUGUGUGUUUACAUGGCAGUGGAUGGUUUUCCUAAUAAAUGGUUGUGAAAUUUUCUCUGCGUGAAUUUGGUGCUUGUGCAACUGGCCUUGAGGCAGAUCACCUUGCCCUAUGACAGGCCUUAGCCACACAGGCCCUAUCCACCCCUCUGCCUCAUGAAGGCAUGUGUGCUUUGAGAGAGGCUGGGAGCCAGGGUGGUAGGGGUCAGCCUGACUGUAAAGCCCUGGCCUGAGACCAAAGACAUGCUGUUUGUUGAUGAGGAAGCAGCUGCCAGCCAUGUAACUUUGGUGCCUGUGGGGCAGAGUGCAGAGGUGAGGCACCCAGUGCCCUAAGCUGCCUAGUGUCCUUGGUGGAGAAACAAUCAGCACAGAGGGAGUGAGCCAGAGCAGGAAGUCCAGGUGAUCAUGGAUGUGCCUGGUGUCCUUGGUGCACUUCAACCUGCCCUGCAAGGAGAGCACAGAAGUGCAGUUUGCCUGUGAGGAGCAGCCUCAGACUGGACCACAGGCUCCUUUUCCCCAGGUGCUGCUGACCUGCCCAACAAACUGGUGCAAAACAGGUGCUUGCUUGGGUAGCAACAGGAUUUGCAUCUGAGCACAGGACCCCUGCUACACUGAGGAGCCAAGACUUUGUACCCACCAAGCUGUGCUGUGCUGGGCUGUCUGCUCUGUGGCAGCCCCCUGGCCUGUGCCACAGAAACGGAUCAAGCCAGCCUUGCCCUGUCUGCCAGAUCCUAGCUGUAUCCUCCGGUGAGAGGCUGGAGUCUCCUGUCUUUGCCAGCACUCAUGUCCCAUGCCUCUGACUGUUCUGUAACUGGUUUCUGGGGUUUAGUGGCAUCUGCAGACUACUAAGGACUAGAGGGGAAAGAGCUUUGAAGGACAAAAGAAGAGAGUUGGCGUGCGGGGGGGCAAGAAAAGAACUUGAGAGGGAAGGGAUGCAGCAAAGUGCAUGUGUACCCAGUGACCACUGCUCAGCUGCCCUGCUGCUUUGAAGACUCACCCCAAGCCCAACACUCAGGGCCCGCAUCUACACCAGAAGAAUGCCUGUGCAGCCAAGCCACUCUCCAUUUUCAUCCUGGAUACUUGGGAGACUCCAGGGAGCAAAUGAGCAGCUGGAAGCAGACCGGUAAUGUAAAACGGGGUUCAGCAUUAACUGUUCGCUACUCUUUAAAAAGUGAUUUCCAGCAUGAAUCAUCCUAGCCCAACACCCUCAGCACCCAGAUGACAAGCCAAGGCUGGGACAGUGGAAGUACACUGGCUUUUUAUUCCAUGCAUUGUUUGCUUUGAUAGUCAUUCUUGUUCCCAUCACUGUA